AUGUCAACCAUUGGGAGUUUUGAAGGAUUCCAGCCUGUGUCUCCGAAGCAAGAGGGAGAUGACCAAACCUCUGAGACUGAUCAGCUGUCCAUGGAGGAGGGUGACCCAGGCACUAUCUCAGAGCCAAGGCAGACUUCAAGGCCUCCAAGUGUGACUAAAUCAGCACUCUACCACAGUCCCUAUCACCAGCCUUAUAUCUCAUGGAAGUACUUCGUUACACAGCCAGGGGCUAUUGAGACUGCCACGGAAGACUUGAAAGGCCACAUUGCCAAGACUUCUGGAGAGAAAAUUCAAGGCUUCUGGCUCUCGACAGAGAUAGACUGCUGGAACAAUGAGAAGGAGAGGAUUUUGCUGGUCACAGACAGGAUUCUCUUGAUCUGCAAAUACGACUUCAUCAUGCUCAGCUGUGUGCAGUUGCAAUGGAUUCCCCUGAGUGCUGUCUAUCGCAUCUGCCUGGGCAAGUUUUCCUUCCCUACAAUGUCACUGGACAAGAGACAAGGAGAAGGCUGUAGGAUCUACUGGGGAAGUCCAAAGCAGCAGUCACUAUUAUCCGGUUGGAACCCGUGGUCCACUGAGGUGCCUUUUGCUACCUUCACUGAGCACCCUAUGAAAUACACCAGUGAGACGUUUCUCGAAAUCUGCAAGUCGUCCAGGUUCAUGUCUAAGCUUGUUCUAGCUAUCCAGAAUGCCCACAGGAAUUCCACUGGAUUUGGAAGAGGAAAGGGAUUGAUGGUGUUAACUGAGCCCGUUUUGAUUGAGACCUACACGGGUCUGAUGUCAUUCAUUGGAAACUGCAACAAACUUGGCUAUUCCCUUGCCCGGGGGAGUGUUGGUUUUUGA